AGCAUGUAAGAGUAUUAUAAAAGAAAAGAAAACAGGAACCGGAGGCGCAGCCACGAUACGAUACAACUUUGUCACGUCUAAAAUUGAGUAUAAAAUUUAUAACGAAUAGAAAAAAAUAUAUUUUUAGUGGUUUCUUUUUAAGGCUUCAAGUAUUAGUCAUGCGUCACGAAGCAAACAGAAACGCUAACGUUACUUCAUUUGAAUGUGACGCGUGUGCUGAGAUUUUUUCUCUGAAAACAUUUUAAUGUAGCAUGGCUUUCUUUAAGAUCUGGAAUAAAAUGAAAUGUCCUAGUUGUCUUACUUGAAGGGUCAUUUCAUUUCAUUUUGUCCCUCAUGAACAUGUAUAAUUAUAUUAACAGCGAAAACAUUUACUCUCUGUGUAGGCAAUUUGUAAUGUAGCCUAUAUGCAGAAACAAAAAAAAAAAAAUGUUUUUUUUUUUGCAUGAAAAUGUCUUUUGGCCUGUUCCCAGCCAAUGUUUCCAAAUUCUCCUGAAGUAUGUUAUGAAAUAUGCCCUUUAUGAUUGCAAAACUUGCUAUAAAUCUGUCAACUGUUGCUUAUUCAAGGCAGCUAUAUCCUAACUUACACUACUGCUCAAAAGUGAAUGUCCAUUGGAUAAUUUUAAGAAAUUAAUACUUUUAUGGAGUGAAAAUGUAUUAAAGUUACUCUAAGGUGUUUAUAAUGUAACAAAAUAUUUUGUUUUAAAAACAAUGCUGUUAUUUUUAACUUUCUAUUCAUCAAAGAAUCCUUAAAAAAAAAAAAAAAAAAAAAAAAAAGAAUUCCACAAGAACAUUAUGAAGCUCAACUGUUUUCAACAUUGAUGAUGUUGACGGAAAUGUUUCUUGAAUAGCAAAUCUGCAUAUGAGAAUGAAUUAACUUGUAAUAAUAUUUUUACAAUAUUAACGUUCAAUGUAUCAAAUUAAUGUAGCCUUGGUGAGCACUUUUUUUAAAGACUUUCGAAAACAUUAAAAAUAUCACCAACCCCAAGCCUUUCCAGAUUUAUUUAUUUUUUACAAAACUUAUCACUGAAAAAUAUUUCUUAAAGAGCACACUCAUUUUGUUGAGUCACCCUGGAUGUUUUCCCCCAUCCAAAUAAUUUUUGGUUUAGGUUUAUGAAAGGUUUAGGAAAUUUUUUUAUGUCUUUAUAUUUUCUAAUAUAUAAAAUUUUGCAUCACCCUCCAACGGAUGGAGGAGAAUCCAGACAGCGACAGGCAUUAUGAGACGACCGCUGAUGACCCCUCACCAUCGGGCCGGUGGACCAAAGAGCAAAGUGAGGACUCCCCCCUGGAUGAUCACGACCUACCCAUCAUGCAAUGGGAAGAUUUAAGUUUGCGGAUUGCAGAGCUAGAAAGGCAGGAAGAAGAAAGAAAGAAAAAAGCAGAGAGUCUAGGUUUAUCAGCGCGAGACCGAAUACUUGGAUGCUGGACAGAAUCAAAACACCAUUCACUCCAUCGGGAGCCAUGGACGGAUGAGAAGGACUACAGUCCCUGCCGUGUCCCUGUCAUAACAUCACGGUUUAAUAGUCCUAAAAACCUUCAGCUGUGUUUCAUCAACAACAGCGAGAGUGAGGAGGAGGAUGACGAAGGAGCAUCUAGCAAAGAGAGCUCAUGUGAGGCAGGGGGACAUGGGAGUUGCUCUCGGGGACUAAAACAGGAAGUAAAAGCAGCACUCAGGACUCUCAGAGACAAGCUAUGGGCCGAACAGAAGGAGAAAGAGCAAGCCACCCACAGUAGCAUGAACAUAAGGAGAAAGAUUCUCAGCCUUAGUGAUCUGCAGACAUGCUCUUUACUGCAGCUGAAUGCGCUCAGUUCCUCGCUGAAUGAGGACAUUCAAGAUUUGAGCUCAGAACUGGUGAAACACCUCGUAGUACGGGACCACCUUCGGACUAAGCAAGAUGCUUUGCUCCUGGAUGUACAGGAUAUGACAUCAUUAUGAACUAUCUUUUUGUUUGGAACACUGCGUAACUGCAGUUUAAUGUUGGCACUUUCUGAAAGCAGUAAUUUACUGUUACUCAUCCUGUGGACUAACAAAGGCCAGAAUAUCCUGUUUAUUCUUGAAGAAAUGUAGCCCUCACAGAAACUUUUGUUAAAAAUGUGAGUCACAUUUAUUAUAGUCACAAGUUUUAUUGUGGGAAAAAGUGCCUUAUGACAAACUCUAACGGCUCUGAUUCAUAUGUCACUUACAGUUUAAUUUUACUUCCAUAAAUAAAGAAUAUAUUAAGCUGCUGUCAAAGCCAUAUGUGAUCAAUAACUGUGAUGUAUUAAUCAACAGUUACUUUAAGCAUUCCAUUAAAAUACAGUAUAUGUAAUAGCCAUGAAAAUAUAAACAUGUGCAUUUUGCAAUCAUGAAUGUGCCUUAUAACUUUCCUGUGUAUCGAACUUAUACAUGAGAAUGAAGUAUAUCUCAGUGCUAAAUAUUCACAAUAAUUUAAUAAAUCAUUUAUUUUAUA